ACCCAACCCCCCCCCCCCCCCCCCCCCCCAAUUUCUUCUUCUUCAACUCCAAUAUUCUGCAAAUUCGAUUUUAUUUGUCCACAAUUUUUCAAUCGAACCAUAAUUUCUGCUUAAUCUUCAGUCAAUCCAUUCAUUAAUGGCGUUCGAAGAUGAUCUAUAUCGUGAUGAUGAUGGAGAGCCAUUGAUGGACUACGAUGAUAUCCAAUCGGAAGAUGAUGAGCAACCACAGUUGCCACCAAUCGACGACGAUGUCCCGGAUUUUAAUGAUGAAGAGGAUGAAGAGAAUGGGAAUUGGAGCCAGGAGCCGAAGACGAAAACCCGAAAGCGGCUUAUUAAGAAGAGUGAUGAUCAGGCUUCUGUGCCUCCUGAAUUCAAUGAUUUUGCUGAUGAAGAUGAUGGGGUUGAACCCGAAUACGGGUCUUUCCCUGAUGAUGAGGAGGAGGAGGAACCGUCUUCGUCGAUGAUAUCGAAGAAGAGGAAGGAUAAAGGGAUGAUGAGGGAAGGAGGGGAGAAGAGGAGGAAAGAGAAGAAGUUGAGGAGGUAUAAAUUUGGAAGUGGUGGUGGUAGUAGUGGUGGUGUGAGGGAUCAUAGUAAGGCGAAAUUGAGUUUGAGGCGUAAGAAAGGCGGUGGCGAUGAGGGUGAUCCCGAGAUGCAGGAGAUGUGGGAUACCAUUGCUGGUGGUAAUUCUGAGGAUGACCAAGAGGGUAUGAAGACACUAGAUGAUGAUAAUUUCAUUGAUGAUACCGGUGUGGAUCCUGCUGACAGGUAUGUCAGUGACCGUGAGGCAGCUUCGCCCAGUCGCUUUGCUCAGGCAGAGGAGGGUGAGGAAGAGGAUAUGUUUAAGUCAGGUAAGAAGAAGAAGAAGAAUGAGAAAAGUGCUGCAGAAAUCGCAGAGUUGGUGGAGACACUUAUGGCUGAACUUGAAGUUGUAGCUGAAGAAGAUGCUGUAUUAAAUACACAAGGGAAACCAGCCAUCAAUAAGCUCAGGAAGUUACCACUUCUUACUGAGGCUCUUUCCAAGAAACAACUCCAACUUGAAUUUCUCGAUCAUGGGGUCUUAACAUUAUUAAAAAAUUGGCUCGAGCCACUUCCUGAUGGAAGCCUGCCCAACAUUAAUAUACGUGAAGCUAUAUUGAGGAUCUUGACUGAUUAUCCAAUUGAUUUAGACCAACAUGAUAGAAAAGAACAACUGAAGAAGAGCGGACUUGGAAAGGUCAUUAUGUUUCUAUCAAGGUCAGAAGAAGAGACAACAUCAAACAGGAAACUUGCCAAGGAUUUGGUUGAUAAAUGGAGUCGUCCAAUUUUUAACAAGAGCACAAGGUUUGAGGAUAUGAGAAAUGUUGAGGAUGAAAGGGUUUUCAGGCGACCUUCUGUCAAGAAGCCAGCAAAUAAAGCUUCGGGGAUGGAAUCUAGAGAUGAUGAUCUUGAUGAAUUCUCAUCGGGACGGAAGGCUGGCCCAUCUGCUUCUAUGCUACAUGCGUCGAGGCCAGAAGCAACUCCAAUGGACUUUGUGAUUCGUCCUCAAUCUAAGAUUGACCCAGAUGAGAUAAGAGCCCGAGCAAAACAGCACCAAGUAGAUGAACGUCGUUUGAAGAUGAACAAGAAGAUGCAGCAACUUAAGCAAAUGAAAAAGAAGAAGCUUCAAGCAACAAAAGUCAGUGUGGAGGGUCGGGGCAUGGUGAAGUACUUGUGAUGCUGUGUAUGCUGACUGAAUAACAUGGUGUUACAAGCUUGCAUGCACGAAUGACGGUGCCAAUGGAGCUCAAUAAGGCGAGGGUGCUGCACAGGACUCACAAUUGCUGAAUACAUCUAGUCCACCUUCGAAUGUCGCUGCUACCUCUGAGAACAGCUUUCAUCCAAAAUCUACUCUGGGAAUGAAGCACUAGUGUGUUGUCUUAAUUAUGCUUGUCUUUGGCAUCCAUGUACCAGAGCUUUUUCUUCCAAACCAUCAGGGGUUCUCUCUUUGACUGUAGUUUCUUGAAGUUUAGUUACUGUUGCAGCAUUGCUGCCAGCAUCUCCUGCCUUCUGCAACGCGCGGGCAGUAAAAAAAAGGAGAGAACCUCCUUUUACCCCGCCCCUCCCUGUAUUUUGGACACUAUGAACAACCUCUUGGGUCAAUCUGUAAUAUUUUUAUUUUUAUUACAUUUUUUUUAUUUAAUGAAAUUUGAGUGGUAGACAAUUAUGUUUAUAUCCUAAAAAGGUUGAAAUAUUGCUAAACUUAAUAAUUUUUUGUAUUGGGAUAUGAUUAAAAAAAAAAAAGC